AUGGCGGACACGGUCUACAUAGACGAAGACGUCGGUCUGGACGAACCGAAACAGCUGGGAACCCAAGAAUUGCCCUUUCGAUCCCUUCAAUUCGCAUACGUCCAACGUCCCGCCGCUCCCCAAUACCUCACAAGAAAGUCCAAGACGGGUGUCGUCCCUGAGGGUGCCGACGAGUCCUCGCGGGAAGAGUGGAAGCCUGCGGCGAAAGCGGCGCUGAAGAAGGCGGUCAACUACUUCGAGGCGCAGAAAAAGAAAGCGGCCAAAGCGGUCGAAUUGGCGGCAGCGAAGGCAAAGAUGGAUGAGGAGCGACAGAAGGUUCUGGAAGAGGCGAAAAAGAUCGUGCUGACGGAGGACGCGAGCUUGCCCAAGCCCGUCAAGAUCAAGCUCGAUGAGGCCGACCCGAAGAUCAUCAAGCUGAGGAAAACCGACGAGGGCGCAGAACCGGGCACCCGAGUCAAGAUCUUGGGACGAGUGCACCGAGAGCGCAAGCAGAAGGGGGUCUUAUUCAUCACAUUGCGUGACGGCUACGGAUACAUGCAAUGUGUGCUCUCCGGGGACCUCGCGAAGACGUACGACGCCCUCACCCUGACUCGGGAGACUUCGAUGGAAAUCUAUGGCGAGCUGUGGGAACUCCCUCCAGGUGCGCACGCGCCGGGAGGUCGAGAGCUCCAUGUCGACUUCUACAAGAUCGAGCCGCACUGGAAAGCCGUGGGAGGCGAAGACGCCAUCACCAACAAAGUCCAAGGAGGAGGCGAUCCGAAGGGACUGCUCGACAUGCGACACCUGACCCUUCGAGGAGAUACGGCGUCGGCGGUCAUGUUCGUUCGGGAUGCGGUCGAAUCGGCGUUCCAUCAGGCGUACAAAGAGAUCCGGAUCCGCAAAGUCUCGCCGCCCGCCCUGGUCCAGACGCAGGUGGAAGGCGGGGCGACGCUGUUCAAAUUCGAUUACUAUGGCGAAUCGGCCUUCCUCACCCAGUCGUCCCAGCUCUACCUCGAAACGUGUUUGCCGUCCAUGGGCGACGUCUUCUGUAUUGAGAAGUCUUUCCGCGCCGAGAAAUCGCUCACUCGACGCCAUCUCUCCGAAUACACGCACGUCGAGGCCGAGCUGGACUUCAUCAGCUUCGACGACCUCCUGACCCACCUUGAAGCCAUCAUCUGCCGCGUCCUGGAGAUCACUCUCGCCGACCCUUCCGCCGCCGCGCACAUCAAGGCCCUCCAUCCCGAGUUCACCAUGCCGGAGCGUCCCUUCCUCCGCAUGAAGUACUCCGAAGCCAUCGACUGGCUCGUCGAACACGGCAUCCCUAACGAGGAGGACCAGCCGCACGCGUUCGGCGACGACAUCGCCGAGGCGGCGGAGCGCCGCAUGACCGACGUGAUCGGCCGCCCCAUCUUCCUCACCCACUUCCCGGUGGCGAUCAAGGCGUUCUACAUGCAGAAGGACCCGACGGACCUGCGCGUUACUGAGAGCGUCGACUGCUUGAUGCCGGGCGUCGGGGAAAUCGUCGGCGGGAGCAUGAGGAUGGAUGACUAUGACGAGUUGAUGGAGGCGUACAAGCGUGUGGGCAUCGACCCCGCACCGUACUACUGGUAUACGGACCAGCGAAGGUACGGCUCUUCGCCUCACGGUGGAUACGGGUUGGGUCUGGAGCGGUUCCUUGCUUGGUUGUGCAAACAGCAUACGGUCCGUGAUUGCUGCUUGUAUCCUCGAUACAUGGGUCGUUGCACUCCGUGA